CUAGGGUGGCUGGUUUCCACCAUGGCAGCUGGGCACUGAUGGUUACAGGGGUGUUCUCAGCUGCCCCCCUAGGCUCUGCUGUCCCCGGGGGGCCCCUGCGGCACUCCCCCGGUGGGCUGUUUGGGGGUGCGGGGCUGGUGGCGGCUCCCCGCCCACACCCCUCUCUCUUGCAGAAGAAGCCGCAGGGCAGCCGGGUCCGAGAGGCAGCACCAGAGAAAGCAGCAGCUGUUUGCCCCAGGGUCCCGGUGACCCCCGUCCUGCAGAGAGGGGGGCUGCCCGGGGGGGCCCAGGCGCUGCUCUGUGUGCCCGAGGCGCUGGCCGAGGAGCUGAGCCAGGCACUGGUCAGUCUGGGUAUGGCCCUGGAGCAGGACUACGCCUGGGACAUCUUCACCAGCAUGAUGGUCAUCACCUGGCCAUACUUUCUGGAGCUGUGUCGAAGAGGGUCGCGUUCGAGCCGGCGCCAGCUGCCGCAGCUGCCCUGGCUCAGCGGUGCAGCAGAGCGGUGCUGGGGCUCGGCGCCGGCCGGAGGGGCAUCAGCCUGCCUGACAGCGGAAGAGGCGCAGGUGCUGUACAUCGCCCCAUGGCCAGGGCCGCGCUCCGGGCAGGGCUCCACCCUCCAGGCCGUUUUCCUGAAAUACUACACGGCCCCAGAAGCUGGGGCCGCACCAGUCGCGCCAGCGCCAGCUCCGACUACCUCGCCGCUGCCGAGCCCGGCGCCCUGA